ACUCCAUUGCCCAACUACCCCCAGGAUCAGGAAGAAAACAAUUGUAGCGCAAAGGUUUCCGGUGAAAAUCAAUGUCUGUGAUCAGCUGCAAAGCGGCGGUGGCAUGGGCCGCUGGAGAACCAUUAGUGAUAGAAGAUGUGGAGCUCAGCCCGCCUCGCCCCAUGGAGAUCCGCAUUAAAGUAGUUUGCACUUCGCUUUGCCGCAGCGAUGUCACCGCUUGGCUCUCUCAGGCACAACCUCAAAUAUAUCCUCGAAUAUUUGGCCAUGAAGCUUCAGGGAUUGUUGAGAGUGUGGGUGAAGGAGUGACUGAGUUUGAAGAGGGGGACCAUGUGCUUACUUUAUUUACAGGAGAAUGUAUGAGAUGCAGACAAUGUGCCUCAGGUAAAAGCAAUAUUUGCCAAGUAUUGGGAUUGGAACGCCAAGGCGUAAUGCACAGUGACAAGCAAACACGCUUCUCAAUAAGGGGAAAGCCCAUAUAUCACUAUUGCGCUGUUUCAAGUUUCAGCGAAUACACAGUUGUGCACUCUGGAUGUGCUGUGAAGAUUAGCUCAACUGCACCUUUGGAGAAAAUAUGCCUUCUCAGCUGUGGAGUUGCAGCAGGUUUAGGUGCAGCUUGGAAAGUUGCUAAUAUCUCAGAAGGAUCAACUGUGGUCAUUUUUGGUCUUGGAACUGUAGGCCUUUCUGUCGCACAAGGUGCUAAACUGAGGGGAGCUUCUCGAGUAAUUGGUGUUGACACAAAUACAGAGAAGAGUGAAAGAGGAAAGGAUUUUGGAGUAACAGACUUUUUGAACCCAAAAGACUAUGAUCAACCAAUUCAUCAGGUUAUUAACCGUAUUACUGAUGGUGGGGCAGACUAUGCAUUUGAGUGUGUCGGAGAUACUGGAAUGAUUAACACAGCUCUACAGUCUUGUUGCAGUGGUUGGGGUUUGACUGUGACCCUUGGUGUGCCCAAAGAGAAGCCAGAAAUAGCAGCUCACUAUGGACUGUUUCUCACUGGAAGAACACUCACAGGAUCCCUUUUUGGUGGAUGGAAACCAAAAUCUGAUCUUCCUUCACUAGUUGAUAUGUACCUAAGGAAGGAAAUUAAGAUUGAUGACUACAUUACACACAAUCUGAUGCUUGAAGAUAUAAACGAGGCAUUCGACUUAAUGAGAGAAGGAAAAUGCUUGCGCUGUGUCAUCCAAAUGCCAACGUAGGAAGUACUCUACCAGUGAAGUAUACAAGAUAAAGUGUCCCUGAAUUUUGUGCAGAUUUCACCCAAGUAUUCAUUCCUACUGCUUGUACUUGACAAAAUAACAGAUUUUGUACUGUGCUGAGUACUAUGUAUCUUUGUGGAUAGUUGUCCUCCAGGCAACUCUCAACAAAGAAAAUAAUUUCUACCCCUAAAAAAUUGGAAUUUGAAUUCGUUGAGUAUGAUAAUGGUUUGUACUUUUAGUCCAGCUACUUAAGUUUUGAAUUCUCACGCUAACUUUAUGUCCAAUACGCUUUCCUGA